AAUUAAAGAAAAAAAAUGCAAAACAAAUCUUUGAAACGUGAUUCGUGGUGAUUACGGGUGGUGUGUUUCAAUAAAAAUUGAAACUGAGAUUUUUAGUUAUUUGGCGAGAAUUUUAGAUGUAUUGGUCAGCUUAAAAUCACAGAACAGGCUAAGAGAGUACAAUACUUUCUGCAUACGAGCAUACCUAACCGGUUACCAUCAAGACAAGAAGUAUUGUGAGCAGCAGUUGUGAGUUACAAUGUCGAAACUGGGAGCUUUACAUUUAACUAAACAUACCGGCGUAAAACAUACUGCAACCGUUAUAUUCUUCCAUGGAUCAGGUUCAUCAGGUGGUGAUAUAAUGGAGUGGGUAAGACUGAUGGUGAAGAAUUUUUCCUUCCCUCAUAUAAAUGUGCUGUACCCUACGGCUCCCUUGCAGCCCUACACGCCUGCGGGAGGCCAGAUGAGCAACGUUUGGUUUGACCGUGCGUACAUAACACCAGAUGUACCAGAAAAAUUAAACUCAAUAGCAAGUAUAGAAACGGAGGUUAAAAAUUUAAUCCGUAAAGAAAAUGAAGCUGGUAUACCUAGCAAUAGAAUUAUAGUUGGUGGCUUUUCAAUGGGAGGUACAUUAUCAUUCCACACUGGAUACCGAUGGGAUCGUAAUUUAGCAGGAGUAUUUGUAUUUAGCUCAUUUCUUAAUAAAAACUCGAUUGUCUAUGAAGACCUGAAGAAAUCUCCUGGUGGUAAUUUGCCACCUCUACUACAAAUACAUGGAAAUAGUGAUGAUCUAGUGUACUUAGAAUGGGGCCAAGCAACUUUCGAUAAUAUUAAGGAACUUGGUGUCAGUGGAGAGUUUCACAUUAUGGAGAAACUCGGACAUUCACUCAACAAGCGAGGCAUGAAUUUGAUAAAAUCAUUUAUUGAGAAACAUUUACCUGAGCAAUGAUAAACUAAUUAUAAAUAAAAUGUUUCUUUAGGGGCUAUCUCUAGGAGUACUGAGUACUUAGUUAAUAGAAAAAAAGCAGAUUCCCAAGUGCCACCCUAAUUGUUAUUAAUUUGUAGUGUUGAUAGUUCCUAAAAUAAGUACUGUUAUUUUUCAGUCGGAAAUGUUCUGAGGUCAAAAAUUUAUUUAUACAACUUUUGUAUUACUUAUUUUUAUUAUUUGAUGACAAUUCAAGGAGUAUGAAUAAUUUAAUGUUUAUAAAGGGGUGGGUAUAAGAUGGUAUAGUGAUAACUGAAUCUUAUGAUAAAAGAACUGAGAAAUAGCGUUUUUGCGAAAGUACAACACAAAAAAACGAUUUUAUUAUUGUGAUUAUCAUAUUAAGAUUCUGGCAAUGCUAUGCGAGUGCAUUUAUAUUUAUGUAUAUUAUGUUCUUGUAUUUGAAGUGUUUUAUUAGUGUGUGCUUGUGUCUAAUAAUUUGAUGAAUAUAUACUCAACAUCAAAUAAAUCGCACCUUCCGCGACGCGGACUUUAAAGAUUUUCUUCUGACAUAAUCAUGGUGCCCCAACAAUAUUGGUGUUAUUUGAAAGCCCAAUAAAUAUCGUUAAAGAAAAACACAUUCAAUUUAUUAAUCAAUGAUUAACAUAUACCAUAAAUGUGACUUGAAAAAAUACCUCACUUUGGGCUCACCUCUGGGAUCAAUUAGACCAUUUUUUAUGGUUAUAAAACCAAAUAAUGAUCUCACGUGUCCUCUUUAACAGAUGGAUAGCGAUUAAUCUCAACUUAACAGUUUUAUACCCAUAAAAGUUGGCUCAAGCGUAACUACCUAUUUUUUCAAGAAGUGACUCUGGAUCCUUCUAAAGACACAUUUUUAUGGUAAAAACCUUUCCCAUAGUGAAAUCAAGUUUAGAACUAGGCUUUUAAAUAGUGCCAAUAUUGGUGGGAAGUGGGGAUGCAUACGUUUGAAAGUGCUUGUCGCGCGAGGUGCGAUUUAUUUGACGACGAGUGUAGUUCCAAAAUACUGAACUGUCCUAUCCAUGACAUUGACAGCGGGGCGCCACCGUCAAUACCGGAUCGCUGGUUCCGAUUUUUGCCAUGUUGGAAACCAUAUACCUAGUUGAACAAUUGAGUUUGGUGGGACAGUUCAGCGUGGGUCAUCUUUACAGACAUUGGCUGUGCUAGAUGUCUAAGUUGUAUGUAAUAAAACUUGGUGAGGUCAUUUUUAAAUUUAAAAACUCAUCAUGAUCAAAAACUGUUCUCAUUCUAAUAAUGUUUGUAACUACUUAUGUAUUUAUUUUAUACAUAUACAUUAUAUUGAAUUGUGUAUUUGUUAUUGAUUGAUUUUAUUGCAUGUUGAAGAAUAAACAAUUUCUGUACA